AUGACGAACGGAUUAUGGCAAGGCCUUGUGCUUUCAAGUCUCUUCUAUCUCCUGACCAUCCACCCCUCGAAUGCGAGACAUCAUCAUCACAAGCCACGCGGCCAACAAUGCCGGACUGCCAUGAGCGUCCUUCCCUCCCAUUUCACCUACAACAACACCGCAAAACCAACUACCACGCCCACCAAUACUACCGCUCCCCCAGAAGAUCCCAGCAAGCAACACGUCGUGAUUUCGUUAACUGGUAUUCCAUGGCAGUAUGAAGGCAAACCUAUCAAAUCUACCUCCGCUGGGCCCGUCCAACAGGCGCUUACUGUCACCAUGCCAGCCAAUCAGACAACAGUACCCGGGGCACUUCCUUCUGGUGAUCUCAAGUCAACGCUGUGCAUGGAUGCGGGAGUAUUGUACUCCUGCACAAAAUGUGACAGAAUACUAUACGCCAAAGAGUGCUACAAGAAGAUCGGGCCUGAGCAGCUGGAGACGGUGAGUUCUGGAGAAAUCGCAUGCACGAAAUGGUACUCGCGAACGGGCUAUGCCGAAGGCGGGGGUGUCACCAUGUGCGGCGCCGAGUCGGGCGAGGUUUAUCAAUGCUCGAAGGAUGAGGACCUAGUCCAAUGCGAACCUUGCGUGGAACUGGGGAUCACCAGCCAAGCCUGA